AUGGGCGCCCCCGUCUACCUCGCCUCCGUCCUCGAGUACCUCGCCGCCGAGCUGCUCGAGCUCGCCGGCAACGCCGCCAAGGACAACAAGAAGUCCCGCAUCAUCCCGCGCCACCUGCUGCUCGCCAUCCGGAACGACCAGGAGCUCGGCAAGCUGCUCGCCGGCGUCACCAUCGCGCACGGCGGUGUGCUUCCCAACAUCAACCCCGUGCUGCUCCCCAAGAAGACGGCCGAGAAGGAGACCAAGAAGGCCGCCAAGUCCCCCAAGAAGGCUUAG